UUUUGACUGUACAAAAUAGUAAGAAAAAAUCCAUAUCACAUGUCAAUAUUUUAGAAUUUAAAGACUCUAAAUAAUACUUUAUGGUGUACAGCUAAGAGAAAAAAACCCCCAACAAUUAGUCCAGGAAUAUGUUAACAAAAACCACAGAAAGCUAGAAGCUGGUUAUCAUCUUGUGGCUGUUUUAACACUACUGUUUUGCCUGAAAUAGGAGAAAUGGUUGACUUACACUCAAUUUUAAAUUCUUUUCCAGCAAAAUCCAACUGAACUUUUCAUUUAAGCUUGUCAAUCAGAUACACCAUAUUACCACCCUAAAUCCAUUCCCUUUUCGAAGGAAAAAUACACAGAUAUUAAUGUACCCAUUCAAGACUGUUAGCCACAAGUUCAAGCUUCUCAUUCAAAUAGCCUACACAAUACCCAAAAUAUAGACUUGGUUCAUUUACUACUUCAUCUCACUCAUCCUUGCUCUUUGUUACUAAAAAUAGUAGUUUAUGUAAUGAUGAUUUAAUUUGCUCAUUAAAAAAAAAAAAGGAAAAAGUAAGCUCCAGUGUGCAAAGCUUUGUAAUUUUGCUUUGAAUUUAAAACCAGAUCUCUGAAGAUCACGUUUUCUUCCCAUCCAGCUGUGUACUCUAUCUCUUCAACACACAUCACAAAACUUGUCCCUCUAUGAAUGCAAGAAGUCUAAUGUUGCAAAAAAAAUGUCACUUGCUGUCCACCAUGAUGGCUUAACAGAACUGUAAAAUAGUAACAAAGACAGAAACAGAAAAAUACAAGGUACCAAUGAGAUCAUAACAAAUGCCACAGGCAAUGGUCUUCCAUACCAGCUACUUCCUAACAAACCACUUCCAAGUUUCACCGAUUUUUUAGUCUCGGUUCCACUUCCUGACUACUGCUAGAACCUAACACUGAGAGAAAAUCAUUGCUUCCUUUCCAGGAGAGCAGAAAAGAACUCAGAGGUGAAAUAACAUCACAAUGCAAGGCUUAUGCUAAAAAGUACAGAAAAAAAGUGGAUAAUAUGGAUAUAUCCAUAUAUUAUAUGGAUAAUAUAAAAGUCUAAUGAGAAUUAUUUUAGAAAAUGCACUACUCAAGGGCUCACAACUCUUUCCAUCUGAGGAGUUUUAAGAACCAGGGAAGAAAUGCAGUUUCUUUAUGAAAUCACUGGCACAUUAGUUCUGUCAACAACUGUGGACAUUACCUAAAAGUGUUCUCUAAUUCCUUAACAGCAGUGAUGUUGGCAGCCUUAGUGCAAAUUGCCUGAUGGUGUUUGUUGAACUCUGAAUAGCACUUACUCUAAAUCACAAGGACCAAACACAUUUGCACUUAGCCUGUGGAUACUCAUUAUCUACUAACUGCAAACUCAGAUCUCAAAAGACUAAAGCCCUGACAUGUUCAUCACAAGUCGCCUAACAGAAGAAAAGCCACCUCAAGUCUUGCAGCUGAGGUCUUCAAAUGAGCAUCUCCAUCCAUAUGGCAUUGCCAGAUUCGGUCACUACUUGCCUUUCUCAACCUGUGCAUUAUGCAAUUUGUAAACUUGGAUUUGAGAAGAAAGACACCUAUGAUAUUAAUAAUAUUUUAUCUGGAAAUGAGGAAGUAUGUUGGCAAGCUGUUACAGAGCAUGUGUGUUACCUUGAAUCAGAUCAAAGCGUGGAUUAUAUCAAAAGCAUACGAUCAUUUGGACCAGUCUGUGAAUCUGUUAAUUCGUACUUCAAAUCUCUGACCAAGGAGCAGUUUGUAAUUCAGUAUGUGUCAUGUUUUCACUGGACAAACUGCACAGAGGUUUUUCUGGACAUGUUUGAUGUUUUGCAAUCUACACAAGCUACAGAAGUUGCUCUUGGCUUAAUGAAACUAACAUCAUGCUUGGAGCGAGCCUUGGGUGACGUGUACUUACUUAAGGGUAACGAUUGUCCUUUCCUUCUAAGAGACUUGCUUGCGUCUGAGCAGCUUGCAGAUGUCUUUGGACAAGCUGUAAUGAAUGUACUAAGGGUAUUCAUUGGAUCUCCACAUGGUCUGAACCUUCGUAAUGUUUUGUGGCAUGGGUUUGUGUCACCACAAGAAAUUCCUACCAAAUACUGUGCUAUGCUGCUCUUUUUAACUGCAGGAUUGGGUCAAUUGUUACAGACCUAUCUUCUGCAAACAAAAGGUGUUUUAGUACAUCGAUCUUAUUUGAUCUUCAGUAGCUUAGAGGAGUUUGAUGCAUUUCCAGAUCUUAAUAAUGAAAUCCUUUCCAUAGCUGAAGAACUAGUAAAACUGUCCCAUUUUGUAUUAAAAAUUAUGGUACCAUUUUGGAUUGCUGCUUUAACAGCUUUCAAGCAAAGCAGGUAUGCUGACAGUGUGAUUCUCUUACUUCCUCAGCUGGAAGCUGGGCUUAGAUUGCUUUUCACUACAACUAAUAAAUGUCCAAAUAGGUUGCUAACAGCAGAGUCUUCUGCUCUCUACACCACUUUCGAUGAGAUGCUAGCAAAGCAUUUGGAUAAUGAAGAAGUCAACCAUCUACCUGUAGUUCUUGAGGAGCCUGCCAUGGACUUCCUUUGGGAUUUCUUGAACCACCAGGAGGGCCCACGUAUAAGAGAUCGUUUAAGCCAUGGAGAGAUCAAUCUAGAAACAUUUCCCAGAGAAAUAGCUAACCAAAUAUUUGGAUUUGCUAUUACUAUUCUCUGCAGAUUCUCAGAUAAGGAUAUAUUUUCUCUUAAGGAACACAUGGUCAUAAAACCACUGAUGAACUGUGCAAGUUGCUACCAGUCUCGAUUUCAUCCAAUUUCCCGACUCAAGAAACAGGUGCUGGAAUGUAUGAAGAGUAUCUGUUUGUGGCCUGAAUUGGAAACAGUGCCUGAGGAACAAGUACAAAAUAUUAAAGGGUUGGAAGGAAAUGCUGAAGCUAAUACUUUAAUUUUGAUGAUAUCUGAAAUUAUAUCUCAGUUGCAGCAUUAUAUGCCCCAGAAUUGCUGUAGUUCAGAUGAUCCUAUCAAUGGUGUCCUAACAGAGAGGCUGCUGGUCGAACUUUGUGAUACACGCAUUUGCACGCUGUAUUCCCCACGACCUGUCCUGGAAGUAGUGGUGGUACUCCGCAAAAUAAGCACGCAGUGCCAUCAAGUGUCCCAACAGGUUAUUGCCGGCGCUGGGCUGAGAUACGCGCAGUGGCUUAACAAGACUCUGCGUUCUCGCCAGAGGCACAACUAUCGGCGAAUGCUGAACAGCAUUAAAUUUUUGUCACCAGUGUUGCGGCUCAUCUUACUAUUGAUUACACUGGAACUAAUCGGCAUUCAUUCAGUUUGUAAGAAGAAUCCUUUUGAUUAUCAGCAGUAUCUAAAGUUUUUGAAGUCAGUCUUGCAGUAUACUGAGAACUUGGUGACAUACACAAGCCCUGACAAAAACAAGUGGGAUGAAACCGUGGAACUUACAAAGAAGACUUUGAUAAAAAUAAGGAAAAUCAGUGACAGAAAGCUAAUGUUGAUGCAUCUAGCUACAUGAAUGAAAUAGGCUUACGAUUGUCUGGGCAUUGUUAUAUCUAAACAGUUACAGAGACUUCAUAGACAAAUUUCAUAAGUUAUUUUCAAAUUUUGGAUGCAAAAUUUACUCUUUUUAUCAGAAGGUAUUUGCUGAUACUGGAGAUGAAUUAUCAAGGCUCCAGAGAAUGGAUUGUUUGUCAAAUCCACUGAAAAAGAUUUACUGUGAACUAAAUCAGGAUGAUACAAGUUCUACUGUAAAUAUACUUUGUGUUUUGUACAUUGAUUUUUAAAUUUUUUUUGUAUUUUUUUUGUUUCUUACUGUACUGAAAAAUACCUAAGAAAAAAGUGUGAAUAAAAGCUCUGGAAAUUUUUAAAUCAGAAAAGUAAUUUUUUAUUUUGGAAUACAUCAGCUAUUAUGUCAGAAACUGUGAUCAACAGGCUAAGAAAUUAGGAACUUUUAACAUAAAAUAGUGCUCAUUGGCAUCUGUGGUUGUUAUUAGUUGUAAACAGUCUGAUCUUGCUCUGAACUCUGAGGCAGAGCAGGUAACACAGUAGCAGUUGUUGAUAGAUGAGGAUUUAAAGGAACAGGAUGGAUACAGAAGGAUACUUUUGCAGGGUGUUUGUUUUGUUAAAUUUCAUCUUCUCGUUCCAAAACAUAUUUAGUUAGUUAAUUUCAUACAGAAUGAAUGUGAACACAGGUGCCUAUGCUCACAGACAUGUAUUCGCUGUGGUUUAGAAAGUUACCCUCUUAUUGCUCACAAUAUUAAUUUGAAUAUUUUAGUUUUUCAAAAUAAAUUCUCCCCCUUUUUCAUCACCAAAGAGUAGAACUUCAAAGGAAUGCAUAGGCUGAAGAACAGAUUCACAGAAGACCACCAGUAUCUCUCCAUUUGCUUUCUCCUAUGGAGAGUAAAAUCAGAGGGUAAUGUCUGGAGAAUGUUUGGCUCUACAAAGGAUUCAAGUUACAUUUUAAUAAGCUUCUUUGCAGUGUUUCUUGACUGGAAAUCACAGCUUGAGAAUUACUUGUUUGUUUUGUUCAUUGUAGGGGAUGGAUAUAAACUAAGAUCAUCUUGCUUCCUUUGUGCUACUCUUGAAAUAUAUUGUGUGUGUUUGAAAUUUAGCUUUGUCACUUCCCAAAAAUUCUUUUGUUGCCAUGAAAAUAAACUAUGUCAAGAAGUUUGAAUUAGAUAAAAUAGGUUAAAUCUAGAAAUGGAGAAUAAUUAGUCUAAUGUAGUGUAUAAGCCUAAAAGUUCAGCUUUUUUAAAAGCCUGAGUCAGCAGAUCCUAAUUGUAUUUUUGGAGGCUUAUUUUGUACCCACUGACUUUGCUUGGAUAUAUUAACUUCUGCUAAGUGUGUCUUGGUAGUCACACUUACGAUGACACAUGCUUUGAUGUUGAUAAGUAUUCUAAGACAAAAAUAAUUUAAGUUUUAUAUAGUCAUUGUAGGAACAAGAUCAAGAAAUUACCACACAGUCAUGUUUUGAAAGUACAUGAAUGGCUGGCACACUUUCUCCUUUUGAAAGUGCAUUCAUGUACUAAAAGGCACCUAAUAGACUGCAGAAGUAUAUUUUCAACAACAUAAGUUCUCUUUUUGUUGCUAUAUUUAAACUUUGGUUAAAUGAUCUUGCAUUCAGUUUACUGCAUUUGCUUUACCUAACAUUGACAGUUUCUUCUUUCCUAAUUAGUGCCACAGAUUUGAUUUGCUGCUCUAAGUUUGUGACAACAAGCAUGAAGGAUUUCUGGCAAUUCUGUCAAAAAUGCUUUUUCAGUUUGUUUUCCUACCUCUGAAGCUCUCUGAUGGAAACACUGCUACCAUCUAUUGUUAAACAAAUCUGCAACAGGCUGGGACAAUCCAGUUAGUUAUUCUGACUCGAUGCUGUCAUUUACCAGAAGGGCUUAUGCAUGCAGGGCUUAUGGCUUAUGACAGCCCUGCAUGUCAUUUGCAUGCAGGGCUUACGGAUUUUUCCUGCUGUUAAAAGACUUGUGGAAUAGAGCUGUAGAAUAAGUGUAUAUCCUACAAUGCACAUUGAAGAACAAAUGGCAAGAGAUGUUGUGGAGGUCAUUUGGUUUGUCCUUUAUCAGUUACUCAUUUUUCCACUUCAGUUACUCAUCUUUGCCAUCUCUUUAGAAUCACUUUUAGAAUGUAAGAGUCUAAACUCUGAACAAUCAGCAUUCCUGAGAGCAAAAGAAGCUUGGAAUUACUAUGUAUCUAGAUAUAUCUAGAAUUGUACCAAAAAAUGUUUUCUUCCAAGUGUGGUAUUUCAUCCAAGUAUUAGUUGGAUCUGAUUUAAUUGUUGGCCUUGCUCCCCAGGGUCUGUGUUUUCCUUGAGGCAUUCACACAGUAAAUCUAAAUAUCUAUAAAUCUAUAUAAAGAUUUGGAAGCUGCAGCACCCCAUGAGGAAAAGUGUUGAAUUAUUUUGUUUACCUAGAUAAUGCUAAUGAGGGAGUGAUGACUCAUAAGUUAGUCCAAGUUCAAUUCAUCAAUUUAUCAGAAUAUACCAAGUUGGAAGGGACCCAUAAUGAUAGCUGAGUCCAAGGUUAACUCCAGGCCUUGCACAGAACCAUCCCCACGAGUCACACCAUGUACCUGAGAACACUGUCCAAAAGCUUCUUGAACUCUGUCAGGCUGGUUCUGUGACCACUUCCCUGGGGAGCCCAUUCCGAUACCCAAAAACCUGGAUGGAGAACAUUUUUCUAAUAUCCAGCCUAAACCUCUCCUGGCAUAGCUUCAAGCCAUUUCAGUGUUUGUGAUUUUUGGUGCCUUCUAGGGAGCAACAGGAUCGACUACAAGUUCUCUGAGGUGGGCAUUGCACAAUGAAAUAUCUUUUAUGGUUAGACAUCUGUGUGCGAAAACAAAGCUUGUUCUUUAUGUUCUUUGUCAUUCUCCAGGAUGUGCUCUCCUCAAUGGUGAUAGGAAGGGUUAGAAACAGAACCAUGUGUUCUUAUUCAAACAUAACACCAGCAACUAAAAGUAAUUUAAACCUUAGGGUUGUCAUCACUACUGCAUUAUACAGAAACGUUUACGUAAGAGAUAGAGCCACAAAUGUAAUUUACUUCAUCUUUUAAUACAUCCCAUCUAGCGGUUUUCAAGCAGCCUGAUGGCUUUUGAAGUGAACACAUGGUGGCAGUGUUUGGUAAUUCAAAAUAGCACUCCAUGCUGACAUUCACUUUCUUAUCUCUUUUCUUAGGCUGUGUAUAAAAAAAUAAACUUUUCUUCUGAUUUCA